AUGGAAAAGCUGAACUAUCGAAUGAAAAGUAACGCAGAAAUUACCAAUGCAGAAAAUAAUUACUUCAAGUAUGUAAUAAGCAACAAGAACAGUUCUGAGCAACAAGAUGGGAAAAUUGAACCUGUGUAUACAUGGAGGACUGGGAAGAGGAAGAGAGAAGGGAGAAAGAGAGCAAAAUUUAGAAGCUGUGAAAGUGAAAGAGGAACACUGGGCACAGCAGAGGAAGCAGGACCACAGUCUGGAGGCUGCUGUUGGGAGCCAGCGUGGGUGAAAGCUAACAGCAGAGGAACGCCGCAGGCCGCACUGCCGCAGCCACACGACUGUCACAGACACCCCAGGGAAGGUCUCCCCGGGAGUGACCACCAGACCUACCAAAGAAAAGGCCCCAGGGAAGUCUCCCUAAGCCCAAAUACCACCCGCACAGAAGCUGGGAAGAGCGCAGGGCAAGUAUCACCACGCCCAGAAACACCCAGUAGCUCUGGGCAGAUCUCCCCAGAGCCGGGCACAGAAAACCUAGAGAACCAAAGUCCAGGGGGAGAGACCAAAGUCACAGCCACCUGCCCCCCAGAGACACUUGGAAGCCUGGUGUACAUCCACCGCUGGAGAAAGCUGUAUUGCGCAAAUGGCCACGCUUUUCAAGCCAAAGGCUUCAGCAGGUGAGCUCACUGCGCUGUCUGCACAGACCGGGUAGGGGGCCUUGGCCACCAGGUGUAUAAGUGCACCCGCUGUAAACUCUCGGUGCACAAGAAGUGCCACCGACUUGUCACAGUUCACUGUGGGCAGCGUUCUCUACCAUCAGAGCCCAUGGUGCCAGUGGAUCCGUCAACCAUGGCCUCAGGCCCCGCACAGACAGCGAUCCCACAUAAUCUUUCAGGUCAGGAGGCUUUAGAACAAGUUGAUGAAGAGAAUGAGGCAGGGAACACUGGGGAAAGUGGCAAAAUUUCACCUGGUUUAGGUCUUCAGGACUUUGAUUUGCUCAGCGUGAUUGGCAGAGGAAGUUAUGGGAAAGUCCUAUUGGUUCAGCUGAAAAAAUCAGGUCGUAUGUAUGCGAUGAAAACAGUGAAAAAAGAGCUUGUCAACACUGACCGGGUAAGGACAGAGAAGCACGUUUUACAGCAGGCAUCUGAUUGUCCGUUUCUAGUUCGACUGCAUUCCUGCUUCCAGAUAGAAAGCAGACUGUUCUUUGUUCUAGACUAUGUGGAUGGGGGAGAUCUGAUGUUUCACAUGCAGCAACAAAGAACACUUCCGGAAGAACAUGCCAGGUUUUACUCUGCAGAAAUCAGUCUAGCAUUCAACUAUCUUCAUCAGUGAGGGAUACUGUACAGAAAUUUGAAGUUGGACAAUUAAUUACUGGACUCAGAAGGGCACAUUAAACUCACCGACUACUGCGUUUGUAAUGAAGGCUUAGAGCCAGGAGACACGACCAGCACUUUCUGUGGCACUCCUAAUUACCUGGCUCCAGAAAUUGUAAGAGGGGAAGAGUACGGCUGUGGUGUGGACUGGUGGACUCUUGGAGUGCUGCUGAUGUACAAGAUGAUGGUUGGAGAGUCUCCAUUCCAUCUUGUUGAGAGCUUUGCUAACCCUUAUGAAAACUCAAUCAAUUAUCUCUUACAAGUUAUUUUGGAAAGAGACAUUUUCAUACUCAUUGUCUUGUCUAUAAAAGCUGCGAGCGUCCUGGAGCGUUUUCUGAACAGGGACCCAGUAGAACGACUGGGUUGUCAUCCUCAUAGGGGAUUUUCUGAUGUUCAGAAACAUCCAUUCUUUCGCAGUAUUAACUGGGGGAUGAUGGAGCAAAAGCAGGUGGUGCCUUCCUUUAAACCAAAUAUGUCUGGGGGAUUCAGUCUGGACAACUUUGAUUCUUAAUUUACUAAUGAACCUGUCCGGCUCACCCCAGAUGAUAAUGACAUCGUGAGGAAGACUGAUGGAUGUGAAUUUGCAGGUUUUGAGUACAUCAAAAGUCUAGCCAUGUAUGAAGAAGAAUGGGUCUGAUCCUCAUUUUUCAAGUGUGCAUUGUUAUUGCUAUUUAAUGCACUGAAAAACUUGU